AGACUCCAUGAGCUAACACAUCUUUGGAAGGAAGAAUCCCAAAUUGAAUCAAUUUUUAGUAACCUAAAAACUCUAGAUGUUCAAGAAUGUAGCAGAUUGAGGAAUUUAGUGCCAUCCAAUGUACAUUUCAACAAUUUUGCAGACUUUGGAAGCAUCCAAGUGUCAUGGACUUGUCAAUUCAGUGAGAUACUCAACUGCAAAAAGCCUGGUGCAACUCAAAACAAUGCAAGUAACCAAAUGUGAGACGAGAGACGAAAUUGUGGUAUGCUUGGAUGAUGAUGUGAAGGAUGGCAUUAUUUUCACCAAGCUGGAGCAUUUGCAACUUGAAGGUCUACCAAGACUAGCAAGAUUAUGUUCAGGGGUUUGCAACUUUGAAUUCCCAGAUUUGGAAGUUGUCAUUGUUAGUGACUGUCCAAAUAUGCAGAUUUUCUCCAAUGGAGAACUAAGCACACCAAAACGGGCCAAAUUGAAAGAAUAUUAUGGGGAAGAAGGACGCGGGGAGGGCAACCUUAACUGCACCGUACAACGGGUGUUCAAGGAAAAGAAUGCCUAAGAUUUUGAAGAACGCGGUAUUGGUCUUGUAAUUCUGAAAGAGAACAGUGAAGUGGAUUUUGAGGUGAGAGUGCCUUCGGCUCCCAUCAUCUUCACUUGUUUGAGUUGUCUCAUGUACCUUUCAUACAGAGGUACAUACAUCUCUUACAUAGAGCUACAUAUAUUGAUGAUGCUUUCUUAUUUCCUUGUAGGUUGUAACGGUGCACUCAUAAUAAUAGUUUGGAUUCAUG